AUGGUUGGCUGUGGAUCGUAUAGCAAUCGUCAGCGGGCGGGCGGCAAGCUUUCAGAUCUCCCCUCCUUAGGAGCCGGGCGGGCGGCGCGUGCGCAUCCAACAGCCAGCCAGUCCAUUCGCGACGCACAUCGCGACAACAUGUCCCCUGUGUGGAUCUUGCUUACAUUGCUCCCCGUCUUGGGGGGAUCCGUGCGAUUCAACUGUAAAGGACGCAUCCUAGGUGCUUACUAUGCAGACGCAAAAUCUGGCUGCAAGGCAUUCCACGUGUGCGUUCGCGUUGCUGGGGGUGGCAUUCGAGACUUCAGAUUUUUCUGCCCACCUGGCACUUUGUUUCACCAGGAAGCACAGACGUGUACUGACUGGGGAGAUGACGACCCAUUGGCCUGUCCCGCAAACAUCUACGACGGAUUCGACACCAAGAAAUUGACAGGAAAUCGAGAUGAAGAAGCCGAGUUCGGCCUUCAACGAGCGGAGACCGGUGAUCGUCGCUUAAGUCAGAAUAACGUCGCUUCCAGUCGACCUGACUCUGAUCUACGAGCUGCACAUUCUUCAGAUUUCUUUAGUGGACAACGCGACCGCGGUCGUGAUGAGUCCUCCCCUACAUCACCACCUGUAUCCCCAUCUCCCUCCUCACAAAUAUACUCAAGACAGCCUUCUAGAAGACCCACUAGCGCUCGCGCAUUUCCAACCACUCAGUACACAACGCCCGCCCCAUCUCCUUCACCACAGCCAUCUAACAGGCCACAAUAUGAAGGUGGUUCAAAACGAAAACUUGUAAGAAAGCGUCCUAUCUAUGUGCCCACAAAAGCAGCUAUAACCACAGUCCCACCGGUUUCAGUGCCACAGCAGAAUUACGCCGAGCCACUACAGCAAUCACAACAAAACUAUAACCAACAGCAAAAUUAUAACUCAAAGCAAAAUGCUAAUCCGCAACAAAAUUUUAAUUUACAGAAUAAUUAUAAUGCUCAGCCCAAUUUUAACCGACGUGUUCCCCCUCAGAAUAAACAAUUUUACACGACAACACCAGAUGUACCUCCACAAUAUCAAGAAUACAAAGAUGAAUAUGUAGAAGUUAGUCGAGUAACACCGAAACAAAACCGAUUCUACCCAAAGAGUGUGUCCUCCACGUCUUUGCCACAAACAACUAACUCCCAGAGGUACAAUAAGAAUGAUGGCCUUAUAGAAAUCUAUAAUUACGAUUCACAGUCAACUCCAGGAAUAAAUGUACAAAAAGAAAAUCGACCUCUCAAGGUCAAAAAUAACUUUAAUGAAAAUGUACCAAGAGAUCCCGAAUUUCAGCGAACUAAAAAUUUUAAUUUCAAUAACGCCAGAGACUCUCCUGCAACUACUGAUUACAGUGUUUCCACUAGAGCUUUCCCCACUACCACAGUCGCCUAUAAAAAUUAUAACAGCGUCCCCUAUGAACCGGAAAAAGCCAACUAUGUACCUUAUUCCAAACAAAAUAAUUUUAAUAGCAACUAUCCUACAACUACUUCUGCUUCCAUUACGACAAUAUACACAACAUCUCGCCCCGAACCCCCACCAAAUUUAAACACCAUAGCAUACAAUACAAACAUUGGUUUUAACGCACAAACUAACAAUUACGCUAGCGGCGAGGACGACGGCCAAUAUCACCCACCAGAGGGUGAAGAUGAUGGACUAUAUAAACCCGAAGUAUAUGACCGAGAGCUUUUGUCAGGAGCUCACUCCUUAAACAUAGCAGCUAGUGGUAACAGACUUCAAGAAGAUCGUAAAACAUACUCUAAAACCAAAUCGCCUCAUAAACUAGUAGCACAGACCGCAGCUCCUAGGCCAUUUAAACCCGCACCUACUCCAACCAUACCACCAACAACUAGAGCACAGGAGACUAUUUAUACGACAACUCAACAGCCACAGACUGUGAACACGCAGCGGACUUUUGACUAUUUUCAAACUUACACUACGACAUCACGGCCAUCAGACUAUUUGGCAAUUGGACAAACACUCGCACCUGCUAAUGAACUGCCAGCCAGACAAACAACAACAGCCGUACCCCCAGUGAAAGAAACACGACCACCUCGACCAGCGACGCGCGCACCUGCCCCCGCAACGCAGCCUACGGUGCCCCCGACCGCGGCACCAAGAUCUCCUCAUUUCGCGCAGCCGGCUAACAAAAAAGAAGACAACAGUUAUGACUAUGCAUAUUACGAUUCAGACCCAGGAUUCUCGGAGUAUGAUCAAAUCGAAGAAUUCGGAAAGACUAAUAAGAAGAAGAGAUCGUAA